CUGAGUAGUGUGUUCCUGGAAAGUGUGUGGAUUUUUAUUUAAUUUGGAGCUUUCUUUCCUUGGAGUGUUACUGGGAUUUGUUAGAGUAAAUGGGUUGUUAAAAGAGAUGCAGGGUGGGAGGAAUUCUUAACGGGACGUUUAGAAACGCUACGAUCUCUCCCGUCCGGUUGUUAUGGAGCAGCCUCCUGGGAGCUUAGAUGAUCUACAGCCUCAAGACCUCUCCACUGCCAGCAUUCCCACUGUGAUCGAUCUGACCAGGAAGGGCGAGGAAUGUGUCACGUCUCUCGAUGCCCUGCGGAUGGUAAAGAGCCCAGGCUGGUACCCAAACUCCGGGACCAGCAACGCAGGAUUACCCUUCUCGGAGACUGGCUCCUCGGACAUCGCGCUCCAAUCAGGGGAUCAUAUUCAACCAGACAAUGCCUUCUCCCACACUACAGUCACUCUCUCCUACGUGAGCAGGUCUCACGUCUUCUCCACUCAAGACUCCCUGUCUCAACACUCGCCUCUGUAUGAUAUGCCACCCAUUAGCAAGUUUUCCCUCCACCCUUCAUGUGACUCAGAUAAAGGGCUUGGGGAGACUGGCUGUUCACCGAACCAGCAUUACUUGGAGCAGGCUGAGGGGCCAGUGGACCUCGCCACUCAGACAGAACUUUUGCAGUCGUCGUCUCAGGCUCAGGUGGGACCAGAGAAUGAUGGGGGUGUAUGUCUAACACAGGAGCCUCAUGAGUUUAAUGGUGGAGUGGUUUCGAGUGACGGGGGCAAGCAUGUACAAGGUGAAGAGGCAGUGGAGAAUGGUCGAGAUGAUAGCCGGUCGAGUUCAGGAGCGUGUGCUGAAUCUUCACCAGAGACUCUCACCCCGGCUGCAGUGCAGGAGGAGGAGAGUGGGGGCCCUGAGGUGCUCUUUCUCACGUCAAGAAAACAGGACCCUGUAGUCGUCCUGGAGAGCUUGGGUGCCCGAGACCUGUGUUCACUGAACAGGGAGUACAUCAGUCCUCUUGAGGACCCCGUCUCCCCCUCUGCUACCUCAACGGACGACGUGGAGGAUGUGUUCGUCCUGCCUCAAGCCUCCAGCUCGCCCAGCGGCGACAACUCUCAUCUAGAGACAGCUGAGGAGGUUGCGUGGGAUGGCUUGAGUACAGAAGGGGCCAUUCAGCCAGGCUCUGGCAUCAGCGACAGCACCACAAGGUUGGAUUCAAGCGAUGAAAAUAAGAAGCCAGUCCAUAGACGGAAGGCAGUGAUAGAGCCUUUGAUCGACUUGACAGAUGAUGUUUGUGAGUCAGAUGCUUCAGAGGACAAACCCAAGACUGUCAUUCCCCACAUGAACGGGAAUGCAAAGGCACUACAGAGAACUUUAAAAGAAAAAAAGCUGCCGCUGCGUUCCAGCAGAGGGACGCGGUUAGAGGCUAUAGUUAUGAACAUAAAUUCCAGCAGGUAUAAAGUAUCAGGAUGCAUACGAACCAAUAAGAAAGCCAGUGCUUCCCAAUCAACAGUUAGUGAUUCCAACUUGGACAGUCCCGAGAGGGAUGACACUCUGUCUGUGGGAAAAAGGAAAAGCAGAGCGAGAACCUCUUUCUCAGUGAAAACAAUAAAACAAAAGGCAGCCACUCCACCAAAAAGGGGUAAAACUAAUAACAUUAACACUGACAGCUGCAAAGACUCUACCUCUGAUUCUGAAAUCCUCAGUAAUUCUAAGAAAUCAAAUAGCAGCACACCUCCAACGAGCCCUCAGUUUGCAGUGCACAAGAGGUCAAAGAAAGAGCCCGAGGAUGUUUCCCCCCCUGCUCACUCGCCACAGACUAACCCCACAAAGUCAAAGAGGAAACCGUCAUCGCAGUCAAGUCCUCAGUCUGCGGCGCACAACUCAAUGAAGGAGGCCCCGUCUCCGCCUCAUCCUGAACCCUCAGUGGAAAUUCAUGUGGCAAGAUUUUCCCCACCGCCGCCCUCAAAGUCUCCAAAGAAAAGUCAAGGGAAAGCCAAAGGCAAGGCUACAGGUAGCAAAACAUCUCCCACUGCCAAGACAAAGGCAGCUUGCACUCCCAAGAGGAAGCGGAAGAAACACAAAGGCAGCCAGUCUUCCUCCAUGUUCUCCCCCAAGGAGCCGGAGAUCAAGUUGAAGUAUGUCAACUACAAGGAGGAGAAAAGGGACCUGAGGUUAAACAGCUUCUCUCCGUUCGUCCGCGUGGAGCGUCAGCAGUCGUCGCCAUCGCUGUGCACUGUAAUCAACUACCCAGAGGAGGUGAGGACGCAACACAAGAAGGGCCAGCAGCAGCAGGCUCACCCCGGGGGCUUUAUUUCUGCAGUUGUACCCAGCACUUCUUGUCUCCAGCUGGGCCGAGUGUCCAUGCACAGCCAGCACCAGCGCUCUCUUGUCUGCUGCCUUUGUGGGCAGUCGGCCAACGCUAUGGACUUGGGAGACCUCCACGGCCCUUACUACCCCGAGGGGUACCAGCCAAGCACCAAAACACCAGCCAGCAUGUCAGGCCUCAAAGAGGACGAGGAUGACUACAGCGAUUCAGACUCCUCGUCCUGCAGUAUCAGAGGCAGGAGGAGGAAGCGUGCCGUUCCGCCCACGACGUGGUCCUUCAGGCCAGGAGCUCAGCUCAAGCAGAAGGGCCUCCUGGAGAGCCAUCGGUGGAAUGGUGACAGUACCAGCAGCCCCGCAGCGAAGCGGGCUCGCUCAGAUGCCAGCUCUGCGGAUGUGGACGACUGGUACAGCCCCCCUGUGCUGCCCCUGGAGCCCUGCGAGUACUGGCUUCACGAAGACUGCGGCAUCUGGUCCGCAGGCGUGUUCCUCGUAAAGGGCAAAAUCUACGGACUGGAGGAGGCUGUCAAGGCGGCCCAAGAGACGCUGUGUUCAGCGUGCCGUGACCCGGGUGCUACACUGGGCUGCUUCUUCAAAGGCUGUCCCAACAAGUACCACUACAGGUGUGCUCUGGAGUCAGCAGACUGUGUUCUCAUUGAAGAAAAUUUCUCCAUGAAGUGUAAAAAGCACAAGAACAAGACAUUCAAAGCCCCUCCAGGGACCAGAUGUGAUGACAGGUGACAAAGUUAGCAGAAACCUCAUGAGACAUUGACCUGCGACUUCCUGCAGGGGCUCUCCUUCUCCCCCACCACCCACCCCCUUUUCUGCUGGUAACCACGGCAACAGUGGACCAGGGUUCUUCUGACUGACAGCUAGCACCCAUAAACCUUAACUUUCACCCUCUGCUCUUCAGCUGCACUGUUAACCCCCACGACACUGUGACCGGAGGAGCCCGGUCACCGAGGCCUCCCUCGGUCCAGUGUGACGGUACUCAUCAGCCAACAACAACAACACCUGCAGACUGAGGAAGAAACCUCCUCUCACUUCACUUAAAGUAACAUGCUGAAUUUGUCAUUUGUGUAGUUAUUUAUAUGGAUUUCUUUCCUGGAUUAGAUAUGAAUAAUAAUCAAAGAUAUUUAAUUUUUUAAAGAUUUUCUAAGUAUUUGAUUAUAUUUGGUUUAUUUAUUCCUGACGUUUCUUAUUGGCUUCUUUAGCAGUUGUCAAAGAGGUUUGAUUGUGUGUAUCUUUUUUUUUUUUUUUAAGUUAUUGGUAAAGCAGUUCAGUGUUGAAAUAUCAAGCCAGUCAUGGCUGGUUUUUAUUAAGAGAUGGGACAGAAAAAGGGCUGGACGGUCGGUGAGUGACCCUCACAGAACAAGGUACCUGAUUGGAUGCUGUCAACACAGCAGGGUUCCAUAGUAAAUACCACAACUUUUUUUUUUUUUUUUUUUGGGAUCACACAUGGCAUUACGUUUCGUUUCACAGAGACUGGUGCAAAAAAACAAAAAAGGCAAGUCAGUCAAAUGACACUUGCACUAAUCAGUGGGCCCAGUUGAUGUUACUGAGGGAACUGAACAGCGUGUGUGUUUGAAUGUAUUCUCCCCCAUCUGAGGGGUUUUUGCAGGAAGCACUUUGGAGUGACACUGAACAUGUCUGGUCCUCUGCUCCAGCUGCAGUAUUACCUUCUUCAGCUGACUAACCCACCCCCACCCCCCACCCCCCACCAGCUUCAGGCUCUCAUGUGGUUCUGUGAGGUUCACGGGUCUGUGGACCACAUCAGUACCAUCACAAUGACACCAUGUGAUUUUUAUUUGGCUUGAAGCCCCUUGACUUCUCACCUCAGACCGGGAGCUUAUAAAUGUGUCCUUACAUCAGAUGGUAUCUUAUUGGAAUUUCCGUACCAUUCAUUGUGAGCCCUGUUAGGGGGAUAAUAAAUGAAAGCAGGCCUAGUUUUUGUCCUAGAAGUGAAGGGACUCCCUUCAGUGCGAUUCAUCUGCUGUUUACUUGGAUCUGUCCUCGGUCAGAUCUACAAUCAUUUCUUGUUGUUCAGUUUCAUUUUCUGAACUUUUGCAGCGCAAUAUUCACGUUGCUGUGGAGUGAACCUCGACAAAAACCCUGUUCUGGAAUAUUAUAGGACCAUUUGGCUUCAUCGCUGUCACUGAAGCUUGAAAAGGAUGUAUGUCUGGAGAUGUAACACUCGUUUUCUGUGCUGACAUUGAGAAUCUUUGGUUUACAUCAGUUUCAGUAGCCGUGGCCAUGCUAGUGUUAAGAUUUCUGAUCUGAUCUGGUGCGAUUUUUAUUUCUUGACUUGACCUAAAUGGUGCGUUUCCACCAGAACCUUUCUGAAAAGCCUUAUCUGAUGUUUAAGAGGUAUAUACAGUUUUUUUUUUUCCUGUCCUCACUAGCUUGUGGUGCAAAGACAAAUCAGUGGAUGUACAUCACCUUAUUUUGGACAGCAAGGUUGACUGAAGGCAGCUUGCAUUCACUUUUCUGCUGCAGACUUUGAUAUUAUUAAUUAAUACCAGGGGGCAUGGAAGGCCAAAUCCUAGUGAAACCCUCCAACCACGCCAGGUACACACCGACUCUCUGGGGGACCAUGUUCUGAGUUUAGGUCCCGGUGUAUAUCUGUACCUGUUCAAUCAGGUGAGGAGGUCAGGGCUUUGGCUGCUCAGCCUGUCCUGUUUGUUUUAGAGGAAAGUCUAUGUGAUCAGUGUUGGUGUGAAGUCCUCUGUGUACUCUUUACAAUACGGCCAUUAGGGGCAGUGUUGUGCUGUCUGAGACCGUGGUGUGAGGUCUGUUGAGCCGUGGUUCCAUGUUAACAGAUAUCCACGCAGGGGCAGCCCGAGGCUUUCUCUGCUCAGCGUCUCACCAGCAGCCGCAGGACUCAACACACACACACACACACAGAAAUCCUGGAACGCCACUUCUCUUUCAUUUGUGCCAUCAUUAAUGUUUUAUUAAUUUUACUGCGAUUAAAUGUAAAAUAAACUCUUUUUUUUUAAUGAGGUGUGUCAGAGAGCCUCAGAUUGCCUCAGCAGUUUCUUUUCAGUUACAAGCAGCUGUUUGUAUUGUACCAAAUGCAGCUUUUGAAGAAUAAGUUUUAUUCUUACAAAGUGUUUGGAGUUUUUUUUAAAAGUCAUAUUUUGUCCGUGUGUUAAUCUCAGGGCUGAAUCUCAGAUAUUCGAAUGAUUUGAAUUUUAUUUUUAUUGUUAUUUUUCUUCUCCUCCUUCUUUCCUGUUUCCUGUGUUAACCCCACAUUAACUGGAGCAAUGAUACAUGUAGCAGGAUGUGGUCGUCUCCUCAGAUGCAAACCUUUCUUAGCGUGGUACACACUACCCAUCACAUUCCAACGCCUCCUCCAUGUGUCUGUCAGUGCUGUGGUGUUUUUUCUUUUUAGGUCUAACAUGGGACUAGGACUGCCAACAUGUCACUUUUUUUUUUUUUUUUUUUUUUCUUUUUAAAUUUUAUGGCGACUUUUUGUACCGUCUUGCUCACCUCUUGGAGUAUCAGAGGUCAUGUAAUUGU